AUGCACCCCUGGAGGGAGGACGUGGAGAUCCUCAUGCAGAAGAUGGGCGCCCAUCCGCCGAGAGCCAGCUGCAGGGGGCUGGACAACUGCAGGAACGCCAGCCUCAUAUUGAAAAAGAGCACUUGCCGCCUGCAGAAGCUGGCAGAAGCCUGGGGCGGGGGCCACCCCUUCAUCUCGGCCAUCGCCUGCAACCGUCCAAGAAUCGCCAGCAUCGCCGAGAGUUUCUCGCAGAUUCGUGGGCACUUUCCGUCCACCGGCUUCGUGGCCUUCCUGACCUUCCUGCCAAUCUGCCAGGAGCUGGACCUGUUCGGCUUCGGAGGCUAUGCCACCGCCGACGGGCACAGCGAGUGGAGUGGCCACGACCUGGGAGCCGAGCAUGACAUCGAGGACGCGAUCGCCGCCGGGAAGCAGCCGCCGUGGUCCAAUCCCCACGAUCCCGACGCCUUGGACUGGCUUCUGGCCCACGCAGCCAAGGUCCAGAAUCGGAGGUGA